AUUGGGACUCUGACACUGACCUGAGACUGAGAACUUUAAUUUAUAAAACUCUAACUUUACUCCGACAAAGAUUGCAAAGCAACUUGUAUCUUUGGAGGGUAUUCUUGGAAAACAAACAGGAUGAAGAGAAAAGAACUGAUCCUGUUAAUACUGAGUAGCAUUCUGCAAAUCAUAUUUGGACAAUCAACAACGUGGGGAACAUCGACAAGCAGUGAAACAAAUGCAGGUAUGACAUCAGAGCCAGCAUCAACUUCUCCAUCAAGAUCAAAGACAAUUAUCACACUGGAAACAUCAACAGGUGUUACAUCAGAACGACCAUCAACAUCUCCUUCAGGAUCAACAACAGUUAUCACACUGGAAAUAUCAACAGGUGUUACAUCAGAGCCACCAACAACUUCUCCUUCAGGACCAACUACAGCUAUCACACUGGAAACAUCAACAGGUGUCACAUCAGAGCCAGCAUCUAGUUCUCCUUCAGGAUCAACUACAGCUAUCAAAGUGGAAACAUCAACAGGUGUCACAUCAGAGCCACCAUCAACUUCUCCUUCAGGAUCAACUACAGGCAUAACAUUGGAAACAUCAACAGGUGUCACAUCAGAACCACCAUCUAGUUCUCCUUCAGGACCAACUACAGCUAUCACACUGGAAACAUCAACAGGUGUUAUAUCAGAACCACCAUCUAGUUCUUCAGGACAAACUACAGCUAUCACACUGGAAACAUCAACAGGCGUUACAUCCGAACCACCAUCAACUUCUCCUUCAGGAUCAACUACAGGUGUAACAGUGGAAACAUCAGCAGGCGUCACAUCAGAGCCAGCAUCUAGUUCUCCUUCAGGAACAACAACAGCUAUCACACUGGAAACAUCAACAGGUGUCACAUCAGAACCAGCAUCUAGUUCUCCUUCAGGACCAACUACAGCUACCACACUGGAAACAUCAACAGGUGUCACAGCAGAGCCAGCAUCUAGUUCUCCUUCAGGAACAACAACAGCUACCACACUGGAAACAUCAACGGGUGUGACAUCAGAAACAGUAUCAACUUCUCCUUCAGGAUCAACUACAGCUAUCACAUUGGAAACAUCAACAGUUGUCACAUCAGGGCCAGCAUCUAGUUCUCCUUCAGGAGCAACAACAGCUAUCACACUCGAAACAUCAACAGGUGUUACAUCAGAGCCACCAUCAACUUCUCCUUCAGGAUCAACUACAGGUGUAACAUUGGAAACAUCAACAGGUGUUCCAUCAGAACCACCAUCUAGUUCUCCUUCAGGACCAACUACAGCUAUCACACUGCAAACAUCAACAGGUGUCACAUCAGAACUACCAACAACUUCUCCUUCAGGACCAACUACAGCUAUCACACUGGAAACAUCAACAGGUGUCACAUCAGAGCCAGCAUCUAGUUCUCCUUCAGGAACAACAACAGCUAUCACACUGGAAACAACAACAGGUGUCACAUCAGAACUACCAUCAACAUCUCCUUCAGGAUCAACUACAGGUGUACCAGUGGAAACAUCAACAGGUGUUCCAUCAGAGCCACCAACAACUUCUCCUUCAGGAUCAACUACAGGUGUAACAUUGGAAACAUCAACAGGUGUCACAUCAGAACCAGCAUCUAGUUCUCCUUCAGGAACAACAACAGCUAUCACACUGGAAACAUCAACAGGUGUUACAUCAGAGCCACCAUCAACUUCUCCUUCAGGACCAACUACAGGUGUAACAGUGGAAACAUCAACAGGCGUUACAUCAGAGCCACCAACAACUUCUCCUUCAGGAUCAACUACAGCUAUCACACUGGAAACAUCAACAGGUGUGACAUCAGAGCCACCAUCAACUUCUCCUUCAGGAGCAACAACAGGUGUAACAUUGGAAACAUCAACAGGUGUCACAUCAGAGCCAGCAUCUAGUUCUCCUUCAGGACCAACUACAGCUAUCACACUGGAAACAUCAACAGGUGUUCCAUCAGAGCCACCAACAACUUCUUCAGGAUCAACUACAGGUGUAACAUUGGAAACAUCAACAGGUGUCACAUCAGAACCAGCAUCUAGUUCUCCUUCAGGAUCAACUACAGCUACCACACUGGAAACAUCAACAGGUGUCACAUCAGAGCCAGCAUCUAGUUCUCCUUCAGGACCAACUACAGCUAUCACACUGGAAACAUCAACAAGUGUUCCAUCAGAACCACCAUCAACUUCUCCUUCAGGAUCAACUACAGGUGUAACAUUGGAAACAUCAACAGUUGUCACAUCAGGGCCAGCAUCUAGUUCUCCUUCAGGAUCAACUACAGCUAUCACAUUGGAAACAUCAACAGGGGUUACAUCAAAAGCACCAUCAAGUUCCCCUUCAGGAACAACUACAGCUAUCACACUGGAAACAUCAACAGGUGUGACAUCAGAACCACCAUCAACUUCUCCUUCAGGACCAACUACAGCUAUCACACUGGAAACAUCAACAGGUGUGACAUCAGAGCCACCACCUAGUUCUCCUUCAGGAUCAACUACAGCUAUCACACUGGAAACAUCAACUGGUGUUACAUCAGAGCCACCAACAACUUCUCCUUCAGGAGCAACUACAGCUAUCACACUGGAAACAUCAACAGGUGUCACAUCAGAGCCAGCAUCUAGUUCUCCUUCAGGAACAACAGCUAUCACACUGGAAACAUCAACAGGUGUCACAUCAGAAGUACCAUCAACAUCUCCUUCAGGAUCAACUACAGGUGUCACAUCAGAGCCAGCAUCAACUUCUCCUUCAGGAGCAACAACAGCUAUCACACUGGAAACAUCAAUAGGUGUCACAUCAGAGCCAGCAUCUAGUUCUCCUUCAGGAACAACAGCUAUCACACUGGAAACAUCAACAGGUGUCACAUCAGAACUGCCAUCAACAUCUCCUUCAGGAUCAACUACAGGUGUCACAUCAGAGCCAGCAUCUAGUUCUCCUUCAGGACCAACUACAACUAUCACACUCGAAACAUCAACAGGUGUUACAUCAGAGCCACCAUCAACUUCUCCUUCAGGAUCAACUACAGCCAUCACACUGGAAACAUCAACAGGUGUUCCAUCAGAGCCACAAACAACUUCUCCUUCAGGAUCAACUACAGGUGUAACAUUGGAAACAUCAACAGGUGUCACAUCAGAACCAGCAUCUAGUUCUCCUUCAGGACCAACUACAGCUACCACACUGGAACCAUCAACAGGUGUCACAGCAGAGCCAGCAUCUAGUUCUCCUUCAGGAACAACAACAGCUACCACACUGGAAACAUCAACGGGUGUGACAUCAGAAACAGUAUCAACUUCUCCUUCAGGAUCAACUACAGCUAUCACAUUGGAAACAUCAACAGUUGUCACAUCAGGGCCAGCAUCUAGUUCUCCUUCAGGAGCAACAACAGCUAUCACACUCGAAACAUCAACAGGUGUUACAUCAGAGCCACCAUCAACUUCUCCUUCAGGAUCAACUACAGGUGUAACAUUGGAAACAUCAACAGGUGUUCCAUCAGAACCACCAUCUAGUUCUCCUUCAGGACCAACUACAGCUAUCACACUGCAAACAUCAACAGGUGUCACAUCAGAACUACCAACAACUUCUCCUUCAGGACCAACUACAGCUAUCACACUGGAAGCAUCAACAGGUGUCACAUCAGAGCCAGCAUCUAGUUCUCCUUCAGGAACAACAACAGCUAUCACACUGGAAACAACAACAGGUGUCACAUCAGAACUACCAUCAACAUCUCCUUCAGGAUCAACUACAGGUGUACCAGUGGAAACAUCAACAGGUGUUCCAUCAGAGCCACCAACAACUUCUCCUUCAGGAUCAACUACAGGUGUAACAUUGGAAACAUCAACAGGUGUCACAUCAGAACCAGCAUCUAGUUCUCCUUCAGGAACAACAACAGCUAUCACACUGGAAACAUCAACAGGUGUUACAUCAGAGCCACCAUCAACUUCUCCUUCAGGACCAACUACAGGUGUAACAGUGGAAACAUCAACAGGCGUUACAUCAGAGCCACCAACAACUUCUCCUUCAGGAUCAACUACAGCUAUCACACUGGAAACAUCAACAGGUGUGACAUCAGAGCCACCAUCAACUUCUCCUUCAGGAGCAACAACAGGUGUAACAUUGGAAACAUCAACAGGUGUCACAUCAGAGCCAGCAUCUAGUUCUCCUUCAGGACCAACUACAGCUAUCACACUGGAAACAUCAACAGGUGUUCCAUCAGAGCCACCAACAACUUCUUCAGGAUCAACUACAGGUGUAACAUUGGAAACAUCAACAGGUGUCACAUCAGAACCAGCAUCUAGUUCUCCUUCAGGAUCAACUACAGCUACUACACUGGAAACAUCAACAGGUGUCACAUCAGAGCCAGCAUCUAGUUCUCCUUCAGGAACAACAACAGCUACCACACUGGAAACAUCAACGGGUGUGACAUCAGAACCAGCAUCAACUUCUCCUUCAGGAUCAAUUACAGCUAUCACAUUGGAAACAUCAACAGGGGUUACAUCAAAAGCACCAUCAAGUUCCCCUUCAGGACCAACUACAGCUAUCACACUGGAAACAUCAACAGGUGUUCCAUCAGAACCACCAUCAACUUCUCCUUCAGGAUCAACUACAGGUGUAACAUUGGAAACAUCAACAGUUGUCACAUCAGGGCCAGCAUCUAGUUCUCGUUCAGGAACAACAACAGCUAUCACACUCGAAACAUCAACAGGUGUUACAUCAGAGCCACCAUCAACUUCUCCUUCAGGACCAACUACAGGUGUAACAUUGGAAACAUCAACAGGUGUUCCAUCAGAACCACCAUCUAGUUCUCCUUCAGGACCAAAUACAGCUAUCACACUGCAAACAUCAACAGGUAUCACAUCAGAGCCAGCAUCUAGUCCUCCUUCAGGAUCAACUACAGCUAUCACACUGGAAACAUCAACAGGUGAUACAUCAGAGCCACCAACAACUUCUCCUUCAGGACCAACUACAGCUAUCACACUGGUAACAUCAACAGGUGUCACAUCAGAGCCAGCAUCUAGUUCUCCUUCAGGAACAGCAACAGCUAUCACACUGGAAACAUCAACAGGUGUCACAUCAGAACUACCAUCAACAUCUCCUUCAGGAUCAACUACAGCUAUCACACUCGAAACAUCAACAGGUGUCACAUCAGAGCCACCAUCAACUUCUCCUUCAGGAUCAACUACAGGUGUAACAUUGGAAACAUCAACAGGUGUCAUAUCAGAACCAGCAUCGAGUUCUCCUUCAGGAACAACAACAGCUAUCACACUGGAAACAUCAACAGGUGUUACAUCAGAGCCACCAACAACUUCUCCUUCAGGACCAACUACAGCUAUCACACUGGAAACAUCAACAGGUGUCACAUCAGAACCAGCAUCUAGUUCUCCUUCAGGAACAGCAACAGCUAUCACACUGGAAACAUCAACAGGUGUCACAUCAGAACUACCAUCAACAUCUCCUUCAGGAUCAACUACAGCUAUCACACUCGAAACAUCAACAGGUGUCACAUCAGAGCCACCAUCAACAUCUCCUUCACGAUCAACUACAGGUGUAACAUUGGAAACAUCAACAGGUGUCACAUCAGAACCAGCAUCGAGUUCUCCUUCAGGAACAACAACAGCUAUCACACUGGAAACAUCAACAGGUGUUACAUCAGAGCCACCAACAACUUCUCCUUCAGGACCAACUACAGCUAUCACACUGGAAACAUCAACAGGUGUCACAUCAGAGCCAGCAUCUAGUUCUCCUUCAGGAACAACAACAGCUAUCACACUGGAAACAUCAACAGGUUUUACAUCAGAACAACCAUCAUCUUCUCCUUUAGUAUCAACUACAGGUGUAACACUGGAAACAUCAACAGGUGUCACAUCAGAGCCACCAUCAACUUCUCCUUCAGGAUCAACUACAGCUAUCACACUGGAAACAUCAAUAGGUGUGACAUCAGAGCCACCAUCUAGUUCUCCUUCAGGACCAACUACAGCUAUCACACUGGAAGCAUCAACAGUUGUUACAUCAGAGCCACCAUCAACUUCUCUUUCAGGAUCAACUAUAGGUGUAACAUUGGAAACAUCAACAGGUGUGACAUCAGGGCCACCACCUAGUUCUCCUUCAGGACCAGCUACAGCUAUCACGCUAGAAGCAUCAACAGGUGUUACAUCAGAGCCACCAUCAACUUCUCCUUCAGGACCAACUACAGGUGUAACAGUGGAAACAUCAACAGGCGUUACAUCAGAGCCACCAUCAACUACUCCAUCAGGAUCAACUACAGCUAUCACACUGGAAGCAUCAACAGGUGUUACAUCAGAUCCACCAUCAACUUCUCCAUCAAGAUCAACUACACCUGUUUUCUUGGAAACAUCAACAGUUGUUACAUCAGAGCUACCAUCAACUUCUCCUUCAGGAUCGACUACAGGUGUCACACUGGAAACAUCAACACGUGUUUCAUCAGAGCCACCAUCAACUUCUCCUUCAGGAUCAACUACAGAUGUAACACUAGAAACAUCAACACGUGUUACAUCAGAGCCACAAUCAACUACUCCAUCAGGAUCAACUACAGCUAUCACACUGGAAGCAUCAACAGGUGUUACAUCAGAACCACCAUCAACUUCUCCAUCAAGAUCAACUACACCUGUUAUCCUGGAAACAUCAACAGUUGUUACAUCAGAGCCACCAUCAACUACUCCAUCUGGAUCAACUACAGCUAUCACACUGGAAACAUCAACAGGUGUUACAUCAGAACCACCAUCAACUUCUCCAUCAAGAUCAACUACACCUGUUAUCCUGGAAACAUCAACAGUUGUUACAUCAGAGCCACCAUCAACUACUCCAUCAGGAUCAACUACAGCUAUCACACUGGAAGCAUCAACAGGUGUUACAUCAGAACCACCAUCAACUUCUCCAUCAAGAUCAACUACACCUGUUAUCCUGGAAACAUCAACAGUUGUUACAUCAGAGCCACCAUCAACUACUCCAUCAGGAUCAACUACAGCUAUCACACUGGAAGCAUCAACAGGUGUUACAUCAGAACCACCAUCAACUUCUCCAUCAAGAUCAACUACACCUGUUAUCCUGGAAACAUCAACAGUUGUUACAUCAGAGCCACCAUCAACUACUCCAUCUGGAUCAACUACAGCUAUCACACUGGAAACAUCAACAGGUGUUACAUCAGAACCACCAUCAACUUCUCCAUCAAGAUCAACUACACCUGUUAUCCUGGAAACAUCAACAGUUGUUACAUCAAUGCCACCAUCAACUACUCCAUCAGGAUCAACUACAGCUAUCACACUGGAAGCAUCAACAGGUGUUACAUCAGAACCACCAUCAACUUCUCCAUCAAGAUCAACUACACCUGUUAUCCUGGAAACAUCGACAGUUGUUACAUCAGAGCCACCAUCAACUACUUCAUCAGACUCAACUACAGCUAUCACACUGGAAACAUCAACAGUAGAAUCUACAACAGCAAGUUCACCUGAUAUACGGACUAUGAGCUUUACUUCUCCUGAAGAAUUUGAUCAUGAACUAUCAAACCAUUCUUCACCUAAAUUUGCUCAACGAGCAAACCUUGUCAAAACAAAGCUUGAACCAAUCCUUAAGAACAAAUCCAGCAACUUCAUUUCCCUAACAGUGAUUCGUUUCAGGCCUGGAUCAAUCAUCACAGAUAUGAAUUUAUACUACACAUAUCGUAACGGUCUUCCCAAUGAUUCAGAAAUCAUUACAACAAUACAGGACGCUGAUACAGGUUUAAACAUAACUAAAGCUUUUGUAACACAAAUAGCAACUACUGCUACUCCUCUGGCCAAAUCUACUCCCAAAGCAACUUCUGGUGCUGCUACUAUGAAAACACUUUCUCCAACAGCUACAACAAAAGCAACUAUAAAGCCUACAGCAAUUACUACAAAUGCAGCUACUGCUACUACAAAAACACUUGCUCCAACAGCUACAACAAAAGCAACUAUAAAGCCUACAGCAAUUACUACAAAUGCAGCUACUGCUACUACAAAAACACUUGCUCCAACAGCUACAACAAAAGCAACUAUAAAGCCUACAGCAAUUACUACAAAUGCAGCUACUGCUACUACAAAAACACUUGCUCCAACAGCUACAACAAAAGCAACUAUAAAGCCUACAGCAAUUACUACAAAUGCAGCUACUGCUACUACAAAAACACUUGCUCCAACAGCUACAACAAAAGCAACUAUAAAGCCUACAGCAAUUACUACAAAUGCAGCUACUGCUACUACGAAAACACUUGCUCCAACAGCUACAACAAAAGCAACUGUAAAGCCUACAGUAAUUACGACAAAUGCAGCUACUGUUACUACAAAAACACUUUCUCCAACAGCUACAACAAAAGCAACUAUAAAGCCUACAGCAAUUACUACAAAUGCAGCUACUGCUACUACGAAAACACUUGCUCCAACAGCUACAACAAAAGCAACUAUAAAGCCUACAGUAAUUACUACAAAUGCAGCUACUGCUACUACGAAAACACUUGCUCCAACAGCUACAACAAAAGCAACUAUAAAGCCUACAGUAAUUACUACAAAUGCAGCUACUGUUACUACAAAAACACUUUCUCCAACAGCUACAACAAAAGCAACUAUAAAGCCUACAGUAAUUACUACAAAUGCAGCUACUGCUACUACGAAAACACUUGCUCCAACAGCUACAACAAAAGCAACUAUAAAGCCUACAGUAAUUACUACAAAUGCAGCUACUGCUACUACGAAAACACUUGCUCCAACAGCUACAACAAAAGCAACUAUAAAGCCUACAGUAAUUACUACAAAUGCAGCUACUGUUACUACAAAAACACUUUCUCCAACAGCUACAACAAAAGCAACUAUAAAGCCUACAGCAAUUACUACAAAUGCAGCUACUGCUACUACGAAAACACUUGCUCCAACAGCUACAACAAAAGCAACUAUAAAGCCUACAGUAAUUACUACAAAUGCAGCUACUGCUAUUACGAAAACACUUGCUCCAACAGCUACAACAAAAGCAACUAUAAAGCCUACAGUAAUUACUACAAAUGCAGCUACUGUUACUACAAAAACACUUUCUCCAACAGCUACAACAAAAGCAACUAUAAAGCCUACAGUAAUUACUACAAAUGCAGCUACUGCUACUACGAAAACACUUGCUCCAACAGCUACAACAAAAGCAACUAUAAAGCCUACAGUAAUUACUACAAAUGCAGCUACUGUUACUACAAAAACACUUUCUCCAACAGCUACAACAAAAGCAACUAUAAAGCCUACAGCAAUUACUACAAAUGCAGCUACUGCUACUACGAAAACACUUGCUCCAACAGCUACAACAAAAGCAACUAUAAAGCCUACAGUAAUUACUACAAAUGCAGCUACUGCUACUACGAAAACACUUGCUCCAACAGCUACAACAAAAGCAACUAUAAAGCCUACAACAAUUACUACAAAAGCAGCUACUACAACAACCAAAAAAGCUACUACUGAAACAACAACUACUCCUACAACUACUACUACCACCACCACUACAACAACCACAAAACCGACUACCAAAACUACUACUACUACUACUACUACUACUACUACUACUACAACAACAGUUGCAGCAACUCAUCCACAACCAACUGUCGAGAUGAGUGUUGGUUUAAAGCGUCCUUAUGUUCCAGAGCUUGCUAAUCCUCAGAGUCAGGAAUUCAAAGAAUUGGCUGCCAUUGUGACUAAAGUGUUUAAUCUAAUCUAUAAAGCGCUCUAUGGCUCCCGCUUCCUCUGGAGCACUGUCCGAGCCUUCAGACCUCAGAACAGACGUGCAGAUGACUUUACGCAAGCAGAUGUCGAACUGGUAUUCAACGAGAGUUCCACAAAACCUCUCCCAUCUGGUGCCGAAGUAGUGAACAAACUCAAAGAUAUUGCAGAAAAUAACAAUACCUUCGAUGUGGAAUUUGAUGCCACCGCAAUCAGUGUCAUCAAUGAGCCACACAGGGUCCCUGUGGAAUUCCGAACAAAUGGCACUUUUGAAGCGGCUCUCUCAGAUUCUAGUUCAGAUUUAUUCACAAACAGAGCACUCAUGAUUAAAACAGGACUUAACCCUUUUUUCGUUGCUGACUUCCCGACUGCAUUCACCAUCUUAACCAUAUCAAACUUCAGCAAUGGAGUUCUUAAAGAACAGACUGAUUCAAUUCUGAACUUUAUGGACGUGAAUUUUGCCAGCUCUGCUCAACUUCCCAGCAACACCCAAAUUGGGGAAACUAUACUCAGAGCAGCCAAUGAUACAAGCCUUCCCUUCAAGAUCUUCCUCAAUGACAUCAUAGUGAAUGGAACACUAAUAUCAUCAAGCGGCAUCAGCAGCAAGAUCAAUAUGUUCAUGGCAUGCUUCAUGGUGGCUGUGUCACUUCUGUUCACAUGGUCCAGCUGAUGCUAAACCACGUCCUCCAUUCAUAAUGAGAAUCUUCACUCAGUUUGACAAUCCUGUUCCUUUAAUGAAUAAUGCAAAUACACCGAGUUAAUUUUUGAAUAUUGUGCAUGAUUAAAAAGCACAAUAAAAUAAAUCAUCAUCAGAUUAUGUACCAGCCAACCAGUAUGAAUGUGCAAGGGUAGGCUUUGGUCAGUACUCAUAGCUUUAAUUAUUUUGAAUUGCUAUAAAAGUUUGUGAUGGGCAUUUUGGAAAUAAUUCUUUGGAAUCAAUUCUGGAGUGACAUUUUGAAGCAUGAUUCAAUUUUAUUGAUCACAUGAAAACAUGGCAAGCUAAAAAGUCAAAGGCACUGUGGUUACAUGUAGUGUAUUAUUCUGUUAUAGAUUAGCAUGUAUACAGCCACAUAAAUUCACAUACAAAAAUUUUAUCUAUUGACCAGGCUUUGGUGAAGCAUGUGACACUGCAUGCAGGGCUUAAAAUAUUAUCUUUUUUUGUGUGUGUGUUAAGCCAGGGGUUCUCAACCUUUUCUGCUUUGAGGCCCACCUAUUCCUACUUGUAACCAGUUGGGGCCCAUUAAAAACGAUCCCAAUUAUUUGGGCUCAUCUAUUCUGUUAGAAUCUAAUGAUCUAUUGUUAAGUGUAUUAAUGGAAUGCAGCAUCACUCUCUGUUGCAGAUGGGAGCCCAAAAAUUAAAUAUGUGCAAUGAAAACAAAUUGUUUUUAAUUGUAGGUAUUGUAUUUAAAACUGUAUGGAUGUGCCAGAAGCCAACAUAAAACCAUGCAUGCUGGGCAUUCUCAGCCAAAAGGGAUUAAUGAUCCAAAAGUGGAGUCUGGUCUAUUAACACAAGAACUUAUUGCCAUGUUUGUGUACAGCAAACAAGCAAGUUAUUAAAACCAAGAAGUACACUCAAAUAAAGUGGAUAUAGAAACCACUCAAUGGGAUAUAUCCUUACACACUAACAAAGAAGGAUUUUUCCUGUUAUUUGGAAAAGUAUCCAUCCGUUGAAUUCCCCGACAUCUCAAACUACCUGGUGCUACAGAUAUUGUUCUACACGGACACACAGAUGAAAACCUGGAAGAGCAUGGAGGCGUAUAACUUUUUAUAUGUGGCUGGGUUAAAGAUCUGGGGAUCAGGACACUACAAGAUAGAUGGCAGUAGAUGGAUCUAAGUGCAGGAAGAGUGCUUAUUAGCAGGCAUGAUAUUUACAAAAACAAAACACAAACUAAAGCAGAAUCAUAAAGCAGAGUAUUUAAACAGAGUUAUAAACAUGGCUAGAAACAAAUAUGAUAAUGAUAAAACUUCGCAAAGCCUCCAUGAAAACAGCUUCCAUAUCUGCACGUGUUGAUUGUACUCAAAUCAGUAUCAGGUGUUUCCCAUAAUGACCGGGUCCCAAGAGCACACACAACAUGCUCCGUGAGCACACGGCCACUCAAGUUGCACCAGGCUCAAGUGCACAAAGGCACGACAGUCAACUGUGCACCUGCUGUGUGACCACAACUUUUAGCUCACCUGUAUAUCGUCAUGCAUCGCCACCAAAAUGCCUCAAUUUCAUCGAUAACCCAUCGCAAAGCAUCGCGAGCUGUAGUGUGACUGUAGCUAAAUGAGGUGGAUGUGAUGUUGGAUGCAACUCAGCAAUUGUACCCUACUAUGAGUAAAAAUUAUCUUCAACUUACAAAAAAAAAUCACAGCCCACUAGAUGGCACUUCACGGCCCAAUAAUGGGUUGGUAGCCCAGUGGUAGCCCAGUGGUUAAGAAACACAGUCUUAAGCAACUGAGUGUUGUGCAUUUUUGCAAAUGAUUGCUUUAAUUAAGCAUGGAUGAAAUAACACACAAAUGAAGCUGCUCCCUGUACAACACAGAAUACCUCUAAUGUGGUUUGACUAGUUUUAAGACCUGUCUAUCAUUGUUUACUCUGGCAUGCUACCCAAAAGCUCUGUGUGAAAAGAUGCUUGUAUCUUCUCACACACUGUAAUUUUAAAAUAGCAAGCUAUAAACUAGAAGAUUAAUAUUUAUAGUUGACUUCUAUAAACCUGUGAACUUUCCAAAAAUUCAAUUUUUUGUUCUAAUAAUAUUCUCAGUACUUUGAAUGUACUGUAUUUAUUUCAUGUAGUGGCUACCUAGAUCCUUGGAUUACUGAACUGAUUUGUUGAAAACUAUUGAUGCUGUAUUGUACGUGACUCAUCUGUAGCACCUCAUAUUUAUAAAUGCAUAACUCAGUUUUGAAUAAACUCAUGAGAAGCUA